AUGCUGCUGAGAUACAGCAUCUUCGGGGCAGCAAAUUGUGCAUUUCUGAAAUACUUUAACUCGCUUGACAGAUUUGAUGAAAAGGAGAAUGUAUCAAACUGCAUCCAGCUGAAGACUUCAGUUAUUAAAGGUAUUAAGAAUCAGCUGAUAGACCAGUUUCCUGUUAUUGAACCAUGGCUAAACCAAAUUAUGCCAAAGAAAGACCCAGUCAAAAUAGUGAGAUGUCAUGAACACAUAGAAAUCCUCACUGUGAAUGGGGAGUUGCUGUUCUUCAGACAAAGAGAAGGGAUUUUUUACCCAACGCUAAGGCUGCUUCACAAAUACCCAUUUAUUCUACCACAUCAGCAGGUUGAUAAAGGCGCCAUUAAAUUUGUACUAAGUGGAGCUAAUAUAAUGUGCCCUGGCCUGACGUCUCCUGGAGCAAAACUUUACCCUGCUGCUGUUGAUACUGUUGUUGCAAUAAUGGCAGAGGGAAAACAACAUGCAUUAUGUGUGGGAGUAAUGAAGAUGUCAGCUGAGGACAUUGAGAAGGUCAACAAAGGGAUUGGUAUUGAAAAUAUCCACUAUUUAAAUGAUGGCCUUUGGCAUAUGAAGACAUACAAGUGAAACAAAAGGAACUGUGUUACUCCAAAGGAAUGCACUUAGAUUAAAUGUGGACUGCUUUGUAAUUCCUUGUUUUUAAUGUGACUGAAUGUACAAAUUAUUUUGUUCCGUGGCUAUGCUAAAUAAAUCAAGUGAAUGCGAAAGUAC